AACCCGCUUCAAUAUUUUUACACUUUUUUUACAGCUAGUUGCAGCGGGUUAUGAAGCUAGUGUAGCUAGCUGCAGCGGGCGCUACUAGCUUACUUUUUCAUGCUUGGGCGUGCCCAAAACGGCUAAUUUUUGUGCCCAGAAAAAUCCCCGUCCGAACUCUCUAUUCCAGAUUGAGAUCACAUUUUAUUUGUAUAAGAAAUGAGAGAAUCUAUGCAUUCCAAAUUGAGACUACUUUUAAAUCUAAUUAAUAAUCAUAAAAAAAAGCAGUCUCAAUCAUGAAGCCUCGGUCUUACUCUAUUUAUCCGAGCAUUAUGAAACAUGAAACUGAGAGAAACUGUAUAACUGUUCUUUUCGUAUAUAUAGUAAAGUGAAUGAAUGCUAAAAGAACGAAAGAAAUGAUUAACUUUUACAUGAUAUCAUUCUAGAAAUAUGCCACGAACGGCGAGAGACUAUAAUUAAAAAAAUUAUUUACGUAAAUAAUGAAAUUAUGUACAGCUGCAUUAACUAUAAAUAUUAUUUAAAGAUGAUUUCCUUUAACGUAUAAAAAUCCUGUAUCACCGUUUUUUGUAGCUAUGACGACGACAAACUGAUAAGCAAAACUCUUAUUAACGAUACUAAAAAUAUGUAGUUGAAUACAUAGGAAAGGAAAGGCUUUAACCCAUUUUAACAUUUAGUAUGUCAAGCAAACCAUUGUCUUUUUUCAUUUUCACACGCAAAGCACUGAUCAUUCUGUGUUCAGCGUACGCGUAAAACAUUUUGAGUACUUUACUUUGGAGACUCUUGUUUAUAUGCUUUUUCAGCAAUACGAUUACCGGGGAAAUAUGUACGAUUUCGUAAUACAAAUGACUUACAACAGGAGAAAGUUGAAGAACUCAGUGAUAUGAUUAUGGUUAAUUUGAAUAGAAAACCAAUCACAGAAACACCUCAUAUACCGGUUCACCAUGAAAAAGAGAUAUCCUCUCCAACGAAUAAUGCGCCUCCAGAACCACUUUUCGAGAUCAUCGACACAAACGUGAAGAUAUCUGGUAAGCCGAUCGAUCAGUGGAAUCUAGCCGAGGUUGACGUUUGGUUCAAAGUUCACAAUGUUAAUCCUCAACUAAGGGGUCUUUAUUCGUUUCGCACAGGCAAAGAGUUGGUCAUUUACUCCGAAUGUUUGUUGAAAGAAUGGCAGCAACAGUAUGCCCGAUACACAGAGAGAUAUGCAAGAAAAUAUGAUGGAGCUGAUUUACCUGAAGAUCAAUUUAUUGUCCUAGUGAGCGCUCUAAGAGAGUUGCAUGUCAGGCAGAUGGAAGAGGCGAAGACAAUACAAGGAAAAGCUGCUGUUUUAAAGCCUAAAUCUACUACAUGUGAAAUUUUGUAA